AUGCAGAGGCAAAUGCAGUUAAACGGCUUUUGGGAUCCUGGCCGACUUGCCGUGUCACAUCCAUGGAACAGAAUCUGUCAGAUUCAGGGACCGACGGCAGCAAAGGACGCGUUUAGCGACGGUUUCCACCGGUCGGAUGAAAUCCCAUUUGCUCUCAGCUCCUCCACUGUUGCUCCCGAAAUUCCUGCACAGGGGGAAAGUGAGGCUGCUGGAUACGGGACUAGGGGGUACAUGGAUUUAAAUGUAGCUUACCAAAAAGAGUACAAGAGUGACGUGGACUCGAUGAAACUUGGGGAAGUCCCAACAAUAAUCAUCAAGGCCAAUGACCGGCUUGAGUGGACGAAGCAACCAAGUCCUACCACAGUCUUACUCUUGCGUCUUGGCAAUCCGGAAGCGGGUGCUGUGUCACCAUCUCACCCCGUUCCAGCUCAAGCGAGGGUCUCAGACCAAGAAUGUCUUCCAUCCAGAAGUGGACGGUUUCUGAGUAAGAAUGAGCUUCGCUUCGUCGACAUCUGGGAGCAGAAGCUGUACGCCCUGGACCUUGCUAAGGGCCCUGAGUCCUUGAAGGUGCUCGAUACGUCCGAGUCCAUUGGGAUGACCGCGAAUAUUGCAAACGGUAACGAUAGCCAGAAGGAUCAUAUAGUCGCGGCCGCUAAGUAUGGAUUCGCCCUCGUGAACCGCAAUACAGGCGAGCUGUCAUACAUCGCUCGCCCGUGGGAUGAACCAGAUCUGCUCAGAAGAAUGCGCUUCAACGAUGGGGCGGUCGACAGCAAGGGCCGUCUCUGGGCUGGAGCCAUGAACGAUCCCAAGGUCCAAAGUCUGAUCAAUGAAGGGGUGCUUUUCCGGCUAGAUCCAGACCUGAAACUGAGUCGUAUGGUUGAGCAGUUGACGAUACCAAACGGUAUUGGCUGGAACUCCGCCAACGAUACGAUGUAUCUGACAGAUUCCCCAACGGGGAAGAUCUUCGCUUUCGACUUUGACGAGAGCACUGGAGAGAUCAGUAACAGGAGAGUCCAUUUCGACACUGGAGAGCCAAAAGAACCUGACGGGUUCGCCAUCGACAGUGAAGGAUGUAUCUGGAGUGCAAUCUACGGCGGGGGUAAGGUGAUCCGCAUCGAUACCCAAGGCAAAGUUAUUGGCGAGAUCUCACUUCCCACCCGAAACAUCACCUGUCCGGCUUUUGUGGGGACAGAACUAUUCAUCACCACGGCCAAGGACGACAAAAAUGACGACAAGUUCCCGGAGUCGAUUCGGUAUGGAGGGCAUCUCUACAAAGUUGAUGUGGGAGUCCGAGGACAACCAAGACAUGAGUUUCGCUUCAGUCAAUGACCAUUACUCAUGUGAGGAUAAGCCGGAGUGAAUCAUAUUGUUGGGGGUUAAUGAUUGGAAAUCAUUAUUGCUGAAAACGGUGCUUUGGAUCCCGAGGUCGAAAGCCUCAAAAUGCCCUAAAGCUCAGGUCCUGCUGCCCUCCAGACUGGACGAAAUUGGUCCCUUUCGGAUCAGUCACGCAUAUAUUUCUUAGCAGCCGAAACCGAUUCAAUAGUUCUCCGAUCUAAGCAUCUUACCCAAGACCUGUGUAACAAUCCCCAAAAAGGGGCAGCGCUGAAUCCGGCCUCGGGGGACGAGGUACGGUUGUGCUGAGACCAAGCAUCGUCAGCCCUGCUUCACGCCGUUACCAUAGUACAAAUGUUGAGCAUACCUUUAAUGG